CUCCCAGGCAUUUCCCCAGAAACACUGAGGCAGGUCAUAGAGUAUGCCUACACAUACUCUGUGGUCAUCACAGCUGAAAAUGUGGAGAACCUCCUGGCAGCUGCUGAUUAUCUCAGUGUCUUGGGCAUCGUGCAGCGCUGCUGUGAUUUCCUGCAUGAGCAGCUCUGCCUCAACAACUGCAUUGGCCUUCUUAAAAUCGCCGAUGUCUACUGCGUAAACGAGCUGCACCAGUCUGCAUUCAACUUAAUCUUGAAAAACUUUAAGGAGGUUGCCAUCAGCUCAAAUGAGUUCCCAGAACUAAGUCUUGAACAACUUUCUGACAUCAUCGAGCAGGAUGAGCUUAAUGUCAGAGAAGAGGAUGUAGUGUUUGAGGCCAUCCUCCGGUGGAUCGAGCACGAGCCUGCCACCCGAGAGGCCCACAUUUCAGUCCUAUUGGCCAAGAUUCGGAUGGCUCGUAUGGAUCCGGAAUACUUCAUGAAAAUCGUCAAAGCCAACGAUCUAGUGAAGGCCAAUGUGGCGUGCAGGCCAAUCAUCACUGAUGUACUGAAGGUCAUCUAUGAUCUUCAUGAUGAACGUCCACGAUCUGAUUUUGAGAACCCACUGAUCCGCCCGCGCUUGCCCUCUGACAUUUUGCUGGCUGUUGGUGGAUGGAACAUGCGCACGACAAACUGGAUUGAAGCCUAUGACACCCGGGCCGACCGCUGGGUGGAUAUAACACAGGGGCAGGAGACUCGCCAGUCCGGCCAUGGCAGUGUGUGUUUAAAUGGCUUCAUGUAUUGUUUUGGGGGUUAUGAUGGCCAUAAUUUCACCGAUGCUGUGCUCAGAUUUGACCCCGUCGCACGGACAUGGCAGCACAUGGCCCCUAUGCACUGGCGCCGCUGUUGUGUCAGUGUGGCCGUAAGUAACGGCUUCAUCUAUGUGAUGGGUGGCCGUUUAGACGUGUCGCCUCUGAAUAUCGUAGAGCGAUAUGACCCAAAUGCCAAUGAGUGGACCAUCAUCCAGCCCAUGAACGAGGAGCGACAGGAUGCCAGUGCCACCACCCUGAAUGGAAAGAUAUACAUUUGUGGGGGUAGCAAUGGAGCUCAGACCACUUCCACUGCGGAGUGCUAUGAUCCACUCACGGGCGAAUGGACCUUGAUCGCUCCCAUGCGCACUCGCCGACGUGGCCUUGGAGUAGCGGCAUAUCAGGGAAACAUCUAUGCGGUGGGCGGUACCAACGGGGCUCAUCCAGUGCGGACUAUGGAGGUCUAUGACCCUGCAAUUAACCAGUGGCACGCUGGGCCUCCCAUGAGACAACAAAGAAGCUAUUUCGGCAUCGCAGUGGUGGACGGCUUGCUGUUUGCGAUGGGAGGCUCCGAUGGCUUCAAAGUAACUGCAAAAGUGGAAUGUUUCAAUGCAGUGAAAGGCAGCUGGUGCCGUGCGCAGGAAAUGAUUGCACCUAAGAGGAGCUUCAGCUGCUGCACAGUGCCUGCGCACCCCCGCUUCGUACAGUACGCUGCACCUCGCCCACCUGCCCCCAUCUGCCUGCCUGGUGGGUAACCAGCUCAUCAUGUCUAACGUUAAUGCUUCGUAC